AUGUCGUUCUUAGACCCCUAUAUUGAGCAUCGAAAUAGAAGGAAGCGUGGCGAUCUCAUGACAAGUCUCAUGAAACUUGGAGGCAACGAUAGCGCAAUUGCAGCUGAAAGCCUGUUUGACCCUCAGAUCACGGAAAGGAAUGACGAGGAAGAAGCCAGCGACUCCGGUGAAGGCGAGAUUGAGUACAACGACAAACAAAGUCAGUCCGCUAGUUCAUCGGGGAAAAAGAGGAAACUCGAAGAAAUACACGAUGACGACGUCGGAGAUACAGAGGUCUCCCUGUUUGUGCGUUCGAUUGAGAAAUCGUUAAGUGGCAUGGAUGCUCGCACGUUCGCUUUGGCACGAUUGGAAAUAUCGCGGGUUCUCUUUGAUUGCCAGUAUGGAGACAGAAAAAUGGUCUAG